AUGUCAGCCACUCCUGUCACCACUGGCACUGCUACCACUCUGCCGGAAGUCAACAUGCAGGGACUUCGAGAGCAAAUUUUCGCGAACGCCAUGACUCUGUAUCCGCAGCUGGUCAGAAGCUCUUAUCAGUACAACUGCACCGGUAUCGCAAACGCGCGAGAGAUCUUCGAGAUCGUCGUCACUGCCUCUGCGUACGACAAUCCAACCUACACAUACACAGCAAUCUUAGUAAGCGGCAGCGCUCUCGGCCGAACCAUGGCAGCCAAAGGACCUGCAUCUCCGUCCGUGACCAGCGCUCUCGAAGGUCUCCUGCGUACCACAUGCGAAGCUCUCGGCUGGUUCACCGAGACCUUACUUGGCGAGAUGCAGCACCCAGAGGCCAGCGACAGUGGUAUCGUCAACUUCCAGAUGGUCGAACAGGGCUUUCACUUCGCCCACGUCCAGCGUCACAUGAAGCCUUGA